AAAGGAAAAGAUAUGUAAAAUGCAGGGGAGGAGCCCUUUGAAAGAUUGUAGAGAGGACCAACCCAAACCCUAGAUUUCUUCCCUUCCUUGCUUGCCAAAUUAAAACAACAAAAUUCCUUCCCCAAAACCCCUCACACAGUGCUUCCUUCUCCUUCCCAAUUUCUUUGAUUCUUCGAAUCCCAUUACAAACAUUCACAAUCUCGAACGAACCCGAGGUUAGUUGUUUUUAGUGUGUAUGAUGGUUCUUUUCAUCUCCAAUUUGUUUGCUCUUCCGUCGAUUUUAUCUCUUGUUUUCUCUCCCGAUUACUACUAUCCGUCUCUACCUACUUAAACCUUUGGAUUCGUCACUUCCGAAGUUCCCAAUCUGGUUGUCUUCUCCUGGAUUGAUCCUUAUCUCCUUUCAGGGGUGCCCAUUGCGCAGAUCCUGCUAAGUUUCCGCUGAUAUCAAUCGUGGGCUGGGUUGGGGUUUUGUUGAGAUCUUGGGGUUGCAAUCUCUGUUCCCUGGUAGCUGAGGGCUUGUAAGUAGUUGAAAAAGGGUGUCAAGAUGAUGUCCAAAUCGUAUACCAAUCUCUUGGAUCUAGCUUCCGGCAACUUCCCCAUAAUGAGUCAACCACGGGAGAAGAAGAGGCUGCCUCGGGUUAUGACUGUUCCCGGGGUCAUCUCCGAGCUUGAUGAUGAUCAGGCUAACAGCGUCGCAUCCGACGUGCAGUCUUCGUUAAUCCAGGACCGGAUAAUAAUCGUGGCCAAUCAGCUGCCGGUGAAGGCCAAGCGGAGGCCCGAUAAUAAAGGUUGGAGUUUUAGCUGGGAUGAUGAUUCUUUAUUGUUACAGUGUAAAGAUGGUUUCCAUGAAGAUAUGGAAGUUAUAUAUGUUGGUUCUUUAAGGGUUGAAGUUGAUCCCAACGAGCAAGACGACGUGUCCCAGCUUUUAUUGGACAAGUUUAAUUGUGUUCCUGCGUUUCUGCCUCCUGAUAUCUUGACCAAGUUCUAUCAUGGGUUCUGUAAGCAGCAUUUGUGGCCGCUUUUCCAUUACAUGCUUCCCUUCUCUGCCAGUCAUGGCGGGCGAUUCGAUAGAUCCUUGUGGGAGGCGUACGUUGCGGCGAAUAAAAUCUUUUCCCAGAGGGUAAUUGAGGUUAUAAAUCCGGAGGAUGAUUAUGUCUGGAUUCAUGACUACCAUUUGAUGGUGCUACCAACCUUCUUGAGGAGAAGGUUCAACAGAUUGAGAAUGGGUUUCUUUCUUCAUAGUCCAUUCCCAUCGUCGGAGAUAUACAGAACGUUGCCUGUGAGGGAAGAGAUUCUCAAGGCACUUCUGAAUUCUGACCUCAUUGGAUUUCAUACAUUUGAUUAUGCUCGUCAUUUUCUGUCUUGCUGUAGUCGCAUGUUGGGCUUGGAGUAUCAGUCCAAACGAGGUUAUAUCGGAUUGGAAUACUAUGGUAGGACAAUUGGAAUCAAGAUCAUGCCAGUUGGCAUCCACAUGGGACAGAUUGAGACAGUAUUGAUGCAUGCUGAUAAUGAGUGGAGAGUCAAAGAGCUGAAACAGCAGUUUGAAGGAAAGACUGUUUUACUCGGUGUUGAUGAUAUGGACAUCUUCAAAGGUCUCAACUUGAAGCUUCUGGCAAUGGAGGCGAUGCUGAAACAGCACCCAAAGUGGCAAGGAAGGGCAGUUCUGGUCCAGAUUGCUAAUCCUGCCAGGGGAAGAGGGAAAGACCUCGAAGAAGUGCAGGCGGAGAUUGAGGAAAGCUGCAAGAGGAUUAAUGAGACUUUCGGCAGACCAGGCUAUGAACCGGUUGUGUUCAUCGAUAGACCGGUAUCCCUUAGUGAAAGGACAGCAUACUACAAUGUUGCUGAGUGUGUGGUGGUGGCAGCUGUCAGAGAUGGGAUGAAUCUUACUCCUUAUGAGUAUAUUGUGUGUAGGCAGGGCGUCUCUGAUUCAAGUUCUAGUUCAGACUCCAGUGUCCCCAAGAAGAGCAUGCUAGUUGUUUCGGAGUUCAUUGGAUGUUCCCCUUCACUUAGUGGUGCUAUUCGGGUCAAUCCAUGGAACAUUGAAUCGACAGCCGAGGCUAUGAAUGAGGCUAUUUCUAUGUCUGACAAUGAAAAGCAGUUGCGGCACGAGAAGCACUAUAGAUAUGUCAGUUCGCAUGAUGUGGCAUACUGGUCGAGAAGCUUUUUCCAAGAUCUGGAGAGGGCAUGCAAAGACCACUUCAGAAGGCGUUGUUGGGGCAUUGGGUUGAGCUUUGGCUUCAGAGUUGUCGCGCUGGAUCCUAAUUUCCGAAAGCUGUCAAUUGAUGCAAUUGUAAGUGCAUAUUUGAGGUCCAAAAAGAGGGCCAUCUUGCUUGAUUAUGAUGGAACAGUUAUGCCUCAAACAUCUAUCAAUAAGUCGCCCAGUCAAGAAGUUCUUUCAAUUAUCAAUACCCUCAGCAGUGAUGCAAAGAACACAGUUUUUCUUGUUAGUGGAAGAGGGAGGGAUAGUUUAGGCCAGUGGUUCUCUCCUUGCAAGAAACUUGGAAUUGCUGCCGAACAUGGUUACUACUUGAGGUGGUCUGCUGAUAAGGACUGGGAAAUCUGUGGGCAAAACUGUGAUUUUGGAUGGUUUCAGAUAGCUGAGCCCGUAAUGAAGUUGUAUACAGAAUCAACAGAUGGUUCUUACAUCGAGACUAAGGAGAGUGCCUUGGUCUGGCACCAUAGAGAUGCCGAUCCAGGUUUUGGUGCAAGCCAGGCUAAGGAGAUGUUGGACCAUCUUGAAAGUGUGCUUGCAAAUGAACCCGUAACUGUUAAAAGUGGUCAAUAUAUUGUGGAAGUAAAGCCGCAGGGGGUUAGCAAAGGUGUAGUAGCAGAGAAGAUAUUUACAUCAAUGGCCGAGAAGGGAAGACUGGCCGAUUUUGUGUUGUGCAUUGGUGACGACAGGUCUGAUGAAGACAUGUUUGAGAGGAUCGAUAAUGCCUCGACAAGCGGAGUACUCUCAUCGAGCACUUAUGUAUUUGCAUGCACCGUGGGCCAGAAACCAAGCAAAGCCAAGUAUUAUUUGGAUGACACAAGUGAUGUUUUGCACAUGCUCAGAGCUCUUGCUGAAGAUUCAGACCCUUUAUCUGAUGAAGAAGAAGAUGAAGAUAGCAGCAGAUCACCCUAACGUCCUAUCCAUUUCUUCCUCGGCUUUUUCCCGUGGGUCAUUUGUUGGUCGAAUUCAUCAAGGAUACAACAUAGCAAAGCCCUGGGCUCCAGUUAGUUGAACAAAGAGACAUGGUUUGUUAGUGGCCCCAUUGCCAUGGCUAAGGCACGGGACGGGGCCCAGUGAAAGCCUGUUGACUUGGCAAAGGAAGGUGGAAAGAUGGCUGUUUCGAAUGAAACAGUGAACUGGUUGAUCUGGAAACGAAUGUUUGGUUUUGUUAAGCUGGUGUUGGUUGGAUGGAUGCAUUGGGGAAGAGGGAUGGGAUCUCAUCUUAUUAACAUAAAAUUGAAAGGUUUGGUUUUGUUAAGCUGGUGUUGGAUGGAUGGAUGCAUUGGGGAAGAGGGAUGGGAUCUCAUCUUAUUAACAUAAAAUUGAAAGGUUAUUGCUUUGACGGAAGAGGAUGGAUGGAUGGAUGGCAGGCAGGAAGUAGAGCAUUACAGGCUUACAGUACUGUGGCAGUGAGUAUGAUACGACGGAAAAGAAAGGUGGGUCUGUACUUUGCUGUAGUUUGAAUGUUCCCACCAUUGUUAACGGAGACAGCAAUGGUGGUGUUCUUAUAUACUUUUCCUUUUCGCUCAGUCUACGGAAAGAGCAGCCGAGUGAGUGAUUUAUUUCUAUUCCCCGCGUUUACCGUCAACUAUUGUUUUGGUAAAAUUCAAUUGCCCCGUCAAAUGUGUAAAUGUUAUAGUGAAAACUGGCAAUGAGUUUAUUGUAUUCUCUGCGUAAAGGUUGAUUCUUUGGGAUGAUCGGCUAGUAACGUUCGAGUUGAACAGGUUGCAGUGUGACUUCAAUUCCCAACUCCAAUUUGUUUUAUCAGAAAUGUGAAAAUCAAGGUUUGUUUUAUCUUGCAUAUUCUAAUAAGAGUUGUGGGCAAAUCUUAAGUGCUUGAAUUUGGUA